AUGGCCGGCAGAUCGAAGCCGGGUAAAAACCAGAAGAACGAGGAGUGGUACAUGGACCGAAAACUGUACAAGAGGAUUAGCAAGUUUAAAAAUAAGUCGCAGAGUGAUAGCACCUUGGACCAUUUCAACGGAGGGACUCCUACCUAUUAUGAACCGAGCGCCAUAGGCCCUGGCUUUGGGCAUAGCUAUCAAGGCUACCAUGGCCCUGCCCGUAGCCUCCAGACUUAUCCUCCAUCAGUCCAAGCACAAGGACCCAACAGCAAUCCCCAGUGGCUCAGCAACCCAAGCAAUAUGGCAUAUCCCCCACAGUCGGCGCCUCAUUUCAACCAAGCGUACUGGUCUCCAGCUCCAAACACAUACCCAACUUAUGCUUCACCAGGCCAUGGCCCCCCAGUGAACAACAUCCCCUGGGUCGGAAGCACUCGUACACAAAGGGCGACCAGUUGGGGGGGUAACAAUCAACCGCAACACAUGCCCCCAAGACGCGACUCUAGGCAGCCAUAUCCUGUUAAUGAGCACUCUCGCCUUCGAGGAGACGCACCCGAGUUUGUUCCUGCACAUGGACCGUCAGCAGUGGCUCCGUGUGACCAAACGGAGCCAACGUGCAUGCAAUGCACGAAAGGUGGCCGGACAUGCACCGGUUAUCGAAACCAGCUGGACUUGAUGUUCCGCGACGAGACGCGGAAGACUGCACACAACGCUUCUACAAGAGCGCAAAAGCAGAGAGGCAUCAAAAGUACCAGUGCCAAUAAGGCCUCCGCCCAGGAAACUCCUUCGACCAGCCUUGUAUCUCUGUGCUCUUCGAAUACACCGGGAGAGCUCUCACGGAGCCUCCCGGUAGACCUGAACCAGCGGGCUAUUUGCUUCUUUGUAUAUAACUAUGUUAUUCCCACUGGUCCUGCUCCUGGGAGGAUUGGCUAUAUGCAUAGCGUCACGUCCUCAGGCACUGAGGUGAUGUCUGCAUGCAUGGCUUCAGUGGGCAUAGCGACACUCGCAAAUAUAACGCAUUCUCCCGAAAUGCGCAUCGCGGCGAGGGAGCAGUAUGCCCACGCACUUUCGUUAACGAAUGCAAUGCUCCGGGACCCUGUACAGGCGAGGAAGCCGAUGGCCCUCGAUACCGUCAUGUUAUUGGGGAUGUUUGAGGUCAUUACCUGCCGAAGCAACCGAUCCUUAAGUAGCUGGAGAAAUCAUCAUGAGGGAGCACUUGCUCUCCUUCGACUACGCCCCUCGCCGUCACCAGAUGAUAUGACGAAUUUCAGAAUGUUUGCCCAAGCCCGUGGCCAAAUACUCUCCAGUUGCCUGUUGACAUCUUCACGGGCGCCUCCAUAUCUCUCCGGCCUGCCGCCAGAAAAACAAGGAAGUCUUCCAAAAUCAGAAGCCCUGCUCGAAGAUGCCGCGACAUUACUUGUCAAACUAUGCAACCUACGUGCUGAAAUCGAGGAUAAGACGCUCAGUUCACCGGAUUUGAUCAUAUCCCAAGCAUACGCUCUAGAGGCUGAACUUAUAUCAUUUUAUACAGUGCUCUGGGAACAUUACCCUUAUACGCUUCAUGAAGUUCUCGACCAGGACACUCCCCCAUCACCAUCAGACGAAAUCUAUGGAGGUUGCUACCAUAUCUAUGCAGAUUACUUUAUUCCGAAUGUAUACUACGCCUACCGUAGUGCCCGUAUCCUCCUUAGCGAGGUCAUCGAAGAGGCGUUCCCUCAACUCUCCCCAACCUCACCUCUAUAUUCUCAAUUUGGCGAUCUGCCGAUUCUCGUGGAGCAAAGUCGAAUUGCCGCACUGCAAGCGGCGAUAGACAUUUGCUACAGUGUUCCUUUCCAAUUAGGAGACGUCAGUAAAGAUAUAACAGGUGGCUGGGACACUCGCCGAAGUGGCAGGGCCAUCGGCGGUCCAACGACCCCCUUCACGUCCAUGCCGCUCUUUACUCUAGCCAAAGUUCUCCUCCUCCUCCUAUCUACCUCACUACUUGCUGCCUCAUUACCGGUGGAAGAAAGAUGUAACGCAGAGAUACUCAAACUUCCGGGUGCUAGGGCGAUCGAAUUCAUACCAGCAGGGACAAAUCUGACCUUCCCUUCCAAUGACCCUUCAUGCAACAGGCCUAGCCAGGUAGUGGCUGUAGAUAUCUGCCGGGUGGCACUACACGCUUCCACUUCUAGUAGAUCCGGCGUUCAUUUUGAAGUUUGGUUACCGAUGAAUUGGCAGAGACAGAGAUUCCUAGCCACGGGGAACGGAGGCAUCGAUGGAUGCAUCAAGUAUGAAGACCUUGCCUAUGGGGUGAAAAAUGGGUUUGCCGUAGUUGGCUCAAACAACGGACAUAAUGGCACCACGGCCAUUUCGAUGUAUCGAAAUUUAGAUGUUCAGAUCGACUUUGCGUGGAGAGCUGGGAAGGAAAUCGUGGCCCAGUUCUACAGAAAGCCUCAUUUGAAAUCUUACUACAUCGGAUGCUCCCUCGGUGGGCGCCAGGGAUUUCAAUCAGCGCUGAAAUUCCCCCGUGACUUUGAUGGAAUCGUCGCCGGAGCUCCAGGGGUAGACUUUAAUAACUUGGUAUCAUGGAGAGCAAGUUUCUUCCCGUUGACUGGCAGGUCAGAUUCUCCCGAUUUCAUACCAGCGAGUGCUUGGAAGACGUAUAUUCAUGGUGAAGUGCUUCGACAAUGUGACGGCAUUGACGGCGUCGUGGACGGAAUUAUCGAAAACCCUUCACUCUGCCAUUUCAACGCCGAUGCGCUGCUGUGCAAGGAAGGCCAAAAGACAGAUUGCCUAACGCAGACUCAAGUUGAUAUUGUGCGACGGAUAUUCACCCCUCUGAUCGACGAGGAUGGCAAGGUAAUAUAUUCCGCCAUGCAGCCUGGCAGCGAAGAGCUAGCUACCACAAAACUCUAUGCAGGGAAACCCUUCAGCUAUUCAGACGAAUGGUUCAAAUACGCCGUAUACGACCCAUCAUGGGACGCAUCGACAUUCACUGCCCACGAUGCUGCGGUUGCAGAUGCUCUCAACCCAGGGGAUGUCAGAACAUGGCCAACAUACGAAGACCUGGCCGAGUUCAAAAAUAGAAACGGCAAGAUACUCGUCCACCAUGGCUGUCAGGAUAACCAGAUCACGAGCUUCAACACGGAGAGGUUCUAUAACCGUUUGAUACAAACGGGUCCGGCAGGCGGUGCUGGGCAACUAGACCACUUUCUCCGUUUCUUCCGCAUAUCCGGCAUGUUUCAUUGCAAUGGGGGUCCGGGUGCAUGGGCUCUAGGACAGGGAGGCGGAGCAGCUUCAGAAGGCAUCGAAUUCAAGAGAGAGAACAAUAUUCUAGCAGCCGUCGUUGACUGGGUCGAGAAAGGAAUUGCACCAGACACGAUGGAAGGAGUGAAAUUCGUGGAUGACGAUGUAGCUUCUGGAGUUGUAUUUCGCCGUAGACAUUGCAGGUUUGUUAAUUCUCUCCUCCUAAGGACACUUUGA